AUGUCAAUCAAGGCUGGAGACCGCGUUUACGGUGCUGUUCCAGGGAUGCGCUCGCUCACAUCCGAGUUUGGGGGGUUCGCCGAGCUCGUUGGCGCCACGAGGGAUGUCACAUUGAAGAUAUCCGGCUAUACUCACUGGAUGUCCCCGGAUCUCCUGCAUCGCCCGCCGCUAAACCCAUGGAUGUGCUUGACAGACUCUGAAAAACGCAGACACUAUCCGAACUAUGCCUUUUCGGCCAGGAAACCGUCGAUUUCGACCUACCCGUUGGAUCAUCAGAAGACUUUCUGUGCCAAUUCCGGGCUCAGCAAAGUCUUUAGGUCAUCGCCUGCCAAAUUCCAUGUUCUACUGAGUCUUCAGACUCCAUAUGGCACAGCUGAAGAGAGAACAUGGCGGAACAUGCUCAAGACACCCGAGCUGACGUGGCUCCUAACACAUACGUUACAAGGCCAAUCAGUCUUCCCCGAGACCACUCAUAUUUGCCUAGCGGUGGAAGCGACAGGCAAGCGGGUUGACUCAAUUGAUGUUCUCAACCUCAAAUUUGUGAAGGCUAUCGCACUCCAUGAGGCGGCAGGCACUGAGAUGCUCAGCUCCAUAACCAAGACCAGCCCCCUUGCAUUCGAUAAGAAGGAGAUGAUUGCCGACUUUUCUGUCUCUUCGACAGUUAGCAAAGACUCGAACCAACUAGCUCUUAACUGCGGCUGUCACUCCUCGGUAAUGAACCGUAAAUUCGAUUCUCACGCCAUCAUCCUAUAG